AUUUCCGCCAGUUCCGUCAGUUUACUUUCAGGCGUCACAUGUUGAAGACGUCGAUUUAGAUGCUCGGAAGCGUCGCGUAAUCCGGAAGUAGAGUAAGAUGUCCACGUACGACGUCAAACGAGAUUUAGAUUAUAAUACAAAAGUACUCCAGCACAAAUUGAAUCCCAGCUAUUCCAUCAGGGUACUCUGUUGCGUCAUUUUAAUUUUCCUCACAGAAAUUUGCUUAGCUCACUAUGUAUACCGUUUAAUAAAUUUCGAGAUGCGAAAUGAGUUUAUCAGUAAAAAUCAAUUCGAUCAAUUUUUCAUGUCUGAGAUGUUGAAGGAUAAUACACAACGGGAAAUUUUAAGAUUGUUUAUAGAGUUUCAAGUGAGAAAUACGACAAGAAAAAAACGAGAUGUUCCAGAUAUCAAUUUGUUGGAUUCUUCAAGUACAGAGCCGCAUGUUGAGUUCUUCAGUCCAGAAAUGAAGGACAGCUUGAAAACGAAAGAUGAAAUUAAAAGGCAACAGAAUGGAGGAAAAGGUGCAGCUCCUGGUGGAGACUCAUGGGUUUGGUUGACAAGUAAUAGUAGAAUUCCAGAGAAGGCACUUGAGGGAUAUUGUAAGAAGGUUCAGCAGUUUUGCCCUCCUGGAAAACCCGGACUCCUUGGACCACCCGGUGUUCCCGGAGUGAAAGGGGAAAGGGGUGACAAAGGCUUCCCAGGUAUUCCAGGUCCUAUUGGAUUAAGAGGAAUACCGGGCCUACCUGGUUCUAAGGGUGCUCAAGGACGACCUGGAUUGGAUGGAAGGGAUGGUAUUCCUGGAGAACCAGGAUUGGAUGGUAUGCCUGGUAGAAACGGACACGAUGGAAAAGACGGUUCUCCUGGAAUUCCGGGUAGAGAUGGAAGAGAUGGAGUUGAUGGUCGUCCUGGUCCCGCUGGUCCUCAAGGACCACAAGGUCCUCAGGGUGUGAAGGGAUUGACUGGUCCAAGAGGAAGGGCAGGUAAACCUGGCAAUCAUGGUCUUCCAGGUACUCCUGGUAUAUCGGCUUGGCACACUAAGGUGAAUGGCACAACAGAGCUCUUAAUUCCUCCUUCUAUAGGCACGUCUAGUUUCAACCCAACGAAUCCUAUAGUAGUGCAUGAGAAAGAAAAUGUACGCCUUCAUUGUUCAGCGACGGGUCAUCCCCGACCACAUAUCACAUGGCUUCGAAUGGACAACAAGCCAAUUAGCAGGGGUUCCUGGCAAGAUAUCGCAAUAUCAGGACCGACAUUGAACAUAACCAGGGUGAACAGGAAACACAUGGGGCAAUAUAUGUGCAUAGCUAACAACGGCAUUCCACCUGCUGCCAACCAGACAUUCAACGUGGAAGUCUAUUUUCCUCCGCUGAUAAGAAUCAAAAACCAGAUGGUAGCUGCUAGGAAUGGAUCAUCUGCUAUUCUUGAGUGCGAAACGGAGUCGUUUCCAGAACCCUUGAGGUAUUGGGAGAGAUCGGAUGGUAGACUCUUGGAAAAUAACGAAAAGUAUCGCAUAGAAUUUAUCGGACAACGUGAGCCUUACCGAAGUAUAAUGAGAUUGAAUAUCACAACAACAACUGCUUAUGAUUUCAAUUUUAUAUACUUAUGUGUCAGUAAAAAUGAGCUACAGGCUACAAAAGGGGAAAUUACUCUGUUCGGUAGGAAAGAAGGAGAUUCAAGACAUCCUCAAGGACCUUCGGAAAAUAAGGAGAUGGUUUAUGGAAUGCUUCCUCCAGAUAUGGUUAGUUUAGAAGAUAUCUGCGGACCUCAAUUCGAGUGCCCCGAUUGUGGUAAACUAGAAAUGAGGUGCAAUGGCAGUGGUGUUUCUCUCAUUGAUUUGAUUAGUAAGUGGGAAAUAAGACCGUUUGGUACCGAAAAGUACAAGGGAUAUCCUAGUAGAAAAACAGAUUGUGUCUUGUAUGCAGUUGGAAAGCCAGUAUUUCAUAGACUUUCUGAUGAUACAUACGGUAGUUGGAUGAGAGAUCCGCAUCCGAGUGAUAGUGACGUGGAUAAAGUAUGGGCAACAAAUGAAAAAAAUGAUACCUACCUUUUUCAGUAUGACAAUAAAACGAUGUUUAGGAGAGAUAUUCCUUCUAGGAAAUAUUUAUUGGAUAGGCCGUUCAAAGGAAAUGCACAUGUAGUUUACGAAGGUCAUUUUUAUUACAACGAGAAGGAUACGGCACGCAUUAUCAGGGUAAAUCUUUUCGACGAAAGAACCGCAGCCUUAGACCUUCCAAUAAAAAACAUGAACAGAACAACGAAUUUAUAUAGUAGUCAAUAUAAUUUCAUGGAUUUUAGUAUUGACGAUAAUGGUUUAUGGGUCAUUUUUGCUGUUCCAGAAACCAAUAAUACUGCUGUCUUGAAGGUCGAGGAACAUACUAUGGAGGCACAGUAUAUUUGGAACAUUUCUGUACAACACAAACGAGUAGGAGAUAUGUUCGUAGUUUGUGGCGUGUUAUAUGCAGUGGAUAGCGUCAUUGAAAGAUCCACCAGCAUUAGAUUUGCCCUGGACCUUUAUCGUGGCAUUCUUCUAGAUGUUAAUCUCGCCUUCACUAAUCCAUUCAAGAAGACCACGAUGAUUACUUAUAAUCAUCGAAUGAAAGAACUCUACACCUGGGACAAGGGAAACCAACUAACCUAUCCAGUCAGGUAUCACGAACUAGAUUAUAAUUCAACCAUUAAGGAUGAUAAAUUUGAACAUUCGGAUCCUUCCUUCUCCAAAAUCCAAACUGGUUAUGAUAUAUUCUGAACAUUUGUAGGAACAAUUUGUAGUCAUUCAUUCAUCUGAUCCAUCAAUUUGAAGAAUGUAAAUAAAUAUUUCGAAUUUUGUA